AUGGUCAGGGACUUAGAAAGCCAGUUAACUAUUGAUCCAUCAAAUUUAAAGGAUCAUUUACCUCAACUUUAUUUUAGAAAGGCUUUAAUUGAAAUCAAUUUACAUAAAGAAAAUUUGGCAAUCCAAGAUCUUAAAAAAUGCUUGGAUUUAGACCCCGUUUUGAAGCCUGCAAGAACCAAGUUGAUUGAAAUACUAUUGGAGAAAGGUGAUUUCAGCACCUUGAUGGGAUAUUUGACGAAAGAAGACCAAGAAGUUAGCAAAAAGAUCGAGUUGGUUAAACAAGCGUUUACUAACGCCGAAAAAGCUUACAACAAAAAAGAUUUUGCUCAAUGUGUUCUGGAAUUGGAAAAUACAGUCAUACCUAUCACACCCUCUAAUCCUAAUGCAUAUCAACUUCACUUAAAGUGUAUGGGUGAGAUUUACAGUAAGCUUGACGUGACGGAGAAUCAGCAACUGCCAUCCAAACUGAUUAUCAGCGAUUUGAAUAAAUUAAUAAGCCUUCAGCCAAUGAGUACAUUACAAUGGUACGAAUCUAUGGCCAACUACUUGUUAUUCACCGAAGUCCAAUUUGAAAAAUCGUGGUUAUUUGUUAAGAAUUGUUUAAAGAUUGAUAACGAUUUCAAAGGCUGCGGACAGAUUUCCAAAUUCUACGUUAAAUUUCAAAAGUUUUUGGCUACAUUAGAGAUGUAUUCUAUUAAUAACGGUCAUUACUACUUAGUAAAUGAUAAUAAUAUCCAGAACCAAAAUGUUAAUGAAGAUUUGAAUAAGGAUAUUGAUUUCAAAUUUGUGGCUGAUUUUCUUCUCAAUGACGAAGUCAAAGUUUCGAAGCUUGAAAAGAAGAAACUUUCUUCUAGCAUUAAGAACAACUAUGGUUAUUUAUUGUCUAGAGCAUCUGCAUUCGUGCAAACUGAAUUAGGGAAUGAUAAGAUACUCAAUACUUUGAGCUUUAAAAUGGAUUUGGAUAGAAUUUUAUGUGAAUCAUUUAUUCAACUAAAUGACUUCAAGAAAGCUGCAGCAUACUGCUCUAAUAUUGAAGAUAGCGAAAGCCCAUUUUUGCCCAAGUAUGUGCCUGAAAUUGACCAGCUAUUAGCGAAAAAGAAGUACGAAGAGGCCAAACGUCUAUUGGAACGGUUUAAUGUUAACGUCAGACGCUCAAAAUUAUUUAGUGAACGUUAUGAAGUAAUAGAGAGAUAUAUCAACCAACAGCGUCAACAACAACAACAAAGGCAAAGACAGCAACAGCAACAACAACAACAACAGAGACAAUGGCAACAAAGGCAACAACAACAGCGUCAUAGAGCUCCCCCAAAUAGUAAACCAUCUACUGACUACUACAAAAUCCUCGAUAUUUCUCGGGAUGCAGAUGAAAAAACCAUCAAAAAAGCAUACAGAACUCAAACAUUAAAAUACCACCCUGAUAAGUACAAGGGUAAUGACUUGACGCCAGAUCAGAUAGAAAAUAAAAUGCAAGAUAUCAACCAGGCUUAUGAAGUCUUGGCUGAUAAAGAGUUGCGGGAACGCUACGAUAGAGGUGAUGAUCCUAAUGAUCCAUUGGGUGGUCAGAGACAACAACAGCAGCCAUUUGGAGGUUCUCGUCCUUUCAGUGGAGGAGGUGGACAACAAUUCCAAUUCAAUUUUGGUGAAAACGAUUUCAUGAGGCAAUUUAUGAAACAGAAAGGUGGUUCGGGUGGUUCAAGUGGCUUCGGUGGUUUUGGUUUCGGUGGUUUUGGCGGUCAAAAGCAACGUACCUAUGUAAAAAAGAAUGCAAAGAAGAGUAAAUAG